AUGCCUAAAGCACGAGUUUGCGGAACACAGAGAGACAGUGACCUCGUCGGAGUACCAAGGUAUAGGACAUGUAGUUGGCCAACUAGCCACUGUAGUGAUAUCGCAGACCAUGCAGGUAGAAAGAUAUUUUUGCUGCUAGGGCCGAGCAAGAUCUCUGAACAAAACUUCGAGGACUAA